UGAAAACCAAACAGUUGUUCGCUGAGUACUUUUGAGGUGUCGGGCUUUUAUUUUGGAGAUCAUUAUCCCGACGCUGACGUCACAGCAACGAUUCUGUCACUUACCACGUGAGCUGUCUCGAAUGACUUUGUCACUUUGAUGUUUUUUAAGCCAUGGCGAUGUCACUGGGUGCUGUCUUCAUAUUUGUUGCUUCUAUUUACGGAGGUGAGGGGGGGCUGCGCUUUGCGUCCUACUACGGAGACCACAUGGUGCUCCAGAAGGCUCCGGAGAGCGCCGUGCUGUGGGGCUACGGGCCCGAGGGGGCUCACGUGACCCUCACCUUGUCAGGACCCUCGCAACGGAGAACCUCGUUGGCUGACGUGACAAACGGAAUCUGGCGCGUCACCCUGGACCCGGUUGCGGCCGGUGGUCCCUACAAUGUGACAGCGGCUGCUCAGGACAGCACAGCCGCUCUGACAGAUGUGCUGUUUGGAGACGUGUGGCUGUGCGGAGGGCAGAGCAACAUGUGGUUACAAACGUCUAAGAUUUUCAAUGCAUCAGACGAGCUGCGCAUAGCUGAGAAAUAUCCUCACGUCAGGAUCUUUAUGGCGGGUUUUAAUCAAAGUAAAACCGAGGAGAUUGAUUUGAUUCAAGUGGAGCUUCCCUGGUCGGUGCCGCCAACAAACGUGGCAGAUUUCUCGGCAGUGUGCUGGCUGUUUGGACGCUACUUGCAGGAGACGCUGCAGUACCCCAUAGGACUGGUGGAGUCCUGUUGGGAGGGCACGCGUGUCGAAGUCUGGUCGUCUCCCAGAGCGCUGCAACAGUGCGAUCGGCAGCGGGUUGGAAGCGGCCCGAAAGAGAAUUCGGUCUUAUGGAACGCGAUGAUUCACCCGCUGCUCAACAUGACCGUCAAAGGAGCCAUCUGGUACCAAGGUGAGGCGAAUACAGUCUAUCACCAGGAGAAGUACAGCUGUUCCUUCCCCGCUAUGAUUGAUGACUGGAGGUUGGCGUUUCACCACGGCUCGGGUGGGCAGACGUCUCUCCACUUCCCCUUUGGAUUUGUCCAGCUGUCCACCGACCAAAAAGGCUCCAAGAGCGACGGUUUUCCGAACAUCCGCUGGCACCAGACCGCGGACUACGGCUUCGUCCCCAAUUCCCGGAUGCAGAACACCUUCAUGGCCGUGGCUUUGGAUUUACCCGAUGAAACAUCCCCCUACGGCACGAUCCAUCCCCGGGACAAGCAGGAUGUCGCCUACAGACUGACGCUGGGAGCCAGGGCGGUGGCUUAUGGCGAGGUGGGCGUGUCCUUCCAGGGCCCUUUCCCCACGCAAAUCACGUUGCUUUCUAAGAUGAUCAACGUUACCUACGACCAGAAAGUCCGUGUCACACCGUCUAAGGACGUCUUUGAGAUCUGCUGCACAGAGGGUCAUGCUCCAUGCGGGCCCGAGUCUGCCUGGGUUUCAUCUCCCAUCAUGCAGCAGGGCCCGACCACCGUGCUGUUAACUUCCGACGUGUGUCCGCCCGCUGAGGAAGUGUCGGGCCUGCGAUAUGCAUGGAGGGACUGGCCCUGUGACUUCAAAGCCUGCCCCGUGUACAGCGCCAGCGGGGUUCUACCUGCGCCUCCUUUCAUCGCCAAGCGCUCGCAAUCCGUAGGAAAGCAGGAAGUGUGAGGAAAACAGCAAAUAUCACUUUGGUGCUACACAAAGGGAUUAAUACCACUUCAGUAUUCUGUGGUCUUCGGUUGGAAUGUUUUGCACGUCUUACUUUCUGUGCAUUCAUUUAUGGAUUUAAAGAGAUUAUCAAUCUGAUAAAACACUGAAAGCAUGUUUACAUAUAUAUUGUUGGUCACAAUGUCGACCAUGUAGACCAUUUAUGCUGCCAAUAAUUGCUGGACUUGGUGUAGAAAAGCCUGACGGAUGUUUAAUUUGAACAAAACUCUGGAAUUUCAACGUUACAACACACUUAUCUUCAUAACUGAAUGUGAUUUGAUUCAAUAAAUGCUCACUAACUAA